AUGGACGGCUUCCCACUUCGCAGUAUGACUGGCAGGGAUCAUGGUGGCUAUCAUCAUUUUGAGCGUCACGCCAACGCCAGCCAAGUCCCCGAGGACGCUAAUGAGCGCUUGAUCAAUGCCCAAGACAAUGCAACUCUAUCUUCUGAACAGCCUUGUGGCUUAUCAGCAGACUGUGGUACCUCGACACCUUUCAUCCCCAUCACCGAGGAAGAGGCCCGACGAACCACCAGCCUCCCCGAGCUAAACUUCCGUCCUACAGUGCUGAAUACAUGGUACUUAUCUACACUCAUGCUGUGGCAAUUUCUGUGCAUGGGCGGCGUUAUAGCUCUCAUGGUCUUGGGCGAAAUACAACCUCCUUGGUUCCGCUUUGGGACCCGCUCCAGCUUUUGGAUGUGGCUCUACAUGCCUGGAUUGGUCGGCUUUCUCACUACUGUAUCCUGGAGAGGUACAGCGCAGUGGUAUAACCGUAUCAUUCCUUACGUGCGCUUGGCAAAUAUUCCUAUAUCCUCCUCGUGGCAAGAUGGUGACCACCCGCCGAAGAAUUUGCUGAAUAUGUCACUAAACGGAGUGCCUAGCGGAAAUUUGAAUCCUGAGCAGAUCAUCUCACUCUUCAAAAGUGGUGACUAUCUGAGCGCAGUGGUUAACCUUACCAUCCUGGGCACAUGGCUUCUGACACCUCUGAAGUCCAGUUUGUUUCAGCUUGUUGAGGACGGUCGAGGCUGGCAGAUCCAUGUCUCUAAAUUAUUUGGGUUCGUGGGCCUGACCAUCAACCUCUGGCUUCUUUCAACCACUUUCUGGAUUUUCUUUCAUCUACGCAGCCGACAGACCGGUCUGAAGUGGAAUCCUGCUCCCCUUGCCUCGCAGCUUUGCCUUCUUCAGGGCCCCAACGUAUUCGAUAGCUUUGAGGGGAUAGACUACUCCGAUCUCAGACCACUCAAGAAUGCUGUGAGAACAUGGUCAAGAAAUGGCCUUGUUCUUCGUCUUGGGUACUGGAAGCAAGAAGAUACCAACAUUAUCACUCACGGCGUGAGAUUCCUCCCCAGAAACGGCCCAUUCAGAUCUGAGGAGCAACUCACUCGACGGGAAGCUCACUAUUCCUCUGAUUUCGAACUGGAGUCUUACGGAACGGAUAUUGAUCGAAUCUGGAAUUUGUACUUAUUCGACUGGUAUCUCAUCUUCACCACAGCCAUGGGCCUUAUUCUUCUAGCUGUCGCGGCCUAUGCUUGGGCCAAGGGCCUGAUAUUCCGACCAUUCAGUCUCACCUCAAUACUCUCGGGCACUUUACAGCGCGCCAUUGUCUUUUCACUUCUUCCCGCGUUGGCGUACGGAUUGUUCCAUCAGACAUUUCUAUCUUCAGACGUUUACAUGCGCACGGUGAUGCCAAUCCAGAACAUGGCAAGUCCUCUACCUAAUGAGGAUCUUCAUCGGAUAUUCGGGCCAGGACACGAGAUUUUGAAGGGUGCCACCGCGGCGAAUAGCAUGCUCCUGGAUUACCUCUCUCCCAGCGUUUUUGGGUGCAUAGCUCAGGCCAUCGAACUUGGCCACUACAAGAUCAUUCUUGGUGUUGUCUUGGCCACACUUAGCAACUCUGUUUACCUUGUAGUGGCCCGGAUCUUCGACUUUAGCGAGGCCAAAAAUGGCAAUUACAACGUUCACAUUCACGCCAGAAGCUUUUACGCAUCAUUCGGCAUCAUGAUUAUAUACUGCCUCAGCAAUUGGAUAUUGAGACCUCGUGGGCCUGUCAGGACUUGCAGACCUGUAUAUGGCCUUGUGGACUUUGCGUCUCUUGUUUAUCGGAGCGAUGUCUUGCUAUGCCCUGAAUUUUGGCUGCAAGAUUCUGCAGAUACAGAAGAGCAUAUGAAGGCGCAGGUGACGCUGGCUAAUAGGCUCUAUCAGUAUGGCAUCUACCACGGAAUAGAUGGACAUGGGCACGUCGGUAUCGGCGUCGAAUAUGCACCACCAACGCGGUUGCUAGACGAUGACAAUAUCGUGUGUCUUGAGCGAUCUGUGAAUUUAGCGAGAGCGGCGAUCGCGUCCGGUAUAUAUAGCGAGGCUUCCCUUUGUGUUGGCGUCUCGGAGCAACAUCGCCGUACCCGAUCCAAUCAACUUAGAUCUAUGUCCGACGAGCAGGAGUAA